GGACAGACAGGAUUAAUUUCCAUAUAGGAAAUAGGGUGGUGAGUUUCAGAAAAAAUCAUUUGGCAUUAAUAACAGGAUUUAAGAUGGGAGGAGAGAAGCCUAUAGUACCUGGAGAUGACAGUAUAGGUGACAUAUGGAAAAGAUUUUUUAAGAGAAGGACUAAUGUUUCAAGGGCUGAUAUAACAAGGGCUUUUGAGAAGUUUGAUAAUAUACCUGUGUAAAAGGAACCCAUAGAUAGGGUUAAGCUGGCACUACUUAAUUUGAUUGCAAAUUUUUUCAUUGGGAACCAGAAGUCAGUGAAAUGUCCACCAAUGUACAUCAACAUGGUAGAUGAUCGGGAUUUAGUGAAGCAAUAUCCAUGGGGAGAUGAAAUGUGGAGAGAUUUAUUGGAAAAAGUGCCUAAGUGGACACAGAAUAUUAUAAAGGCAACAAAAGAUAGAUUCACCUUUCGAGGUUUUGUUUUUGCACUGCAAAUAUGGGCAUUUGAAAGCUUCCCGGCUCUUAGGUUAGCAAAUGUUUGUACGGUAGAGGAAGGCAGAAGAUCAAUGUGGCCAAGACUGUUGAAGUGGUCAGUACCAAAAAAGACAAACAUUGCUACACUAGCAGAUGCCAUAUUUCAGAAUGAAGAGUUUGAGUAUCAACCAAUGAAACCAACUGAAGAGGAACUUAAGAUUCUAGAAAUACAGGAGUUGUAUAGAAAAAAGGCAGUAAAGUUACCCAAAGGAGGCAAUCUUACUUUGAAGCAUCACCUAUCAAAAGAAGAAACAGGCUUUGCUAUUCAUGCACUUGAAAAGGCAAUUUCAG